GGCAGAGGCAAGCAAGCAGAGCUGGAGAAGCCGACUAUCUUCUCCUCUCGAGUCCCAGCAGUCAGUGUGAAGAUGGUUGGCGGCUCGUGCGCUCGCAGGUUGGCCCGUCGCUCGCGGUCGGCCUUGAUAGCGGCUCUCACAGUGCUGCUGGUCCAGACGCUGAUAGUAUGGAACUUCAGUAGCUUCGACUCCGGAGAAGAAGGGGAAAACGGCGGCGGUGGUGGGUCGAAUCUGAGAGAGAAGAGAGAACGGGUCGGCGGCGUUGGCUACAAAGGCAGCCGCGAGUAUAUGAAGCGCGGGGUUCAGCUACAGCACGAUCCUCCACAAGGGAAAGGAUCCGUUCGUCACAUACAGCAGCCGGACGUUUACUACUCCCACCGGCCCAAGGAGAAAGUCCGCGUGGACAGCAACAACGAGAACUCGGUGCCCAAAGACUUUGAGAACAUUGACAACAGCAACUUCGGUGCCCGAUCGCAGCCCCAGCGUCAGCCCCCGGGGGGCGCUAACAAACACCGGGACAAAAUCCGCCCCCAGCAGACCGCCUGGAAGGACAACGCUCCCGUCCUGAGCCGGAGCUCCAAUGAGGUCCUCCAGUACGGACGGGCCGUGGCCCGUAAUGCCUCAGUUCCCAAUGGCCCAAAAGCGGCAAAGCCUGGGUUGCCUGGGGCGAGCAACAAGAACCACCACAGCCGCGCCGUACAGCCGCAGAGUCAUGUUCAGUCCCGCCCCCAGACUCAACACAGACACCAACACCACCAGACCAGGAAGCAGGCGACUGCGGCCCCGUCAGAGGUCGUGUAUGACCGGCCAGCCAAGUGUGAAGUCAGCGGCAAGGAAGCCAUUUCGGCUCUGUCCCGAGCCAAGACCAAGGAGUGCCGGCAGCAGAUAGCCGAGGUGUACUGUCGACACAAGGAAAGUCAACUGAUGCCUGAGAAGGUCACUCGCUACUGUCCAAUUGAGGGUAAAGCCAACGUCAACGUGGCGUGGGACGAGGACUCGCCGGAGGACGUUCCGUCGCCCCCUGUUCGGAUCGCCUUCGUGCUGGUGGUCCACGGCAGAGCCUCGCGACAGUUCCGGCGCCUCUUCAAAGCCAUCUACCACACGUUGCACUACUACUACAUACACGUCGACCAGCGAUCCAACUACCUCCACAGGCAGGUUCUGGAGCUGGCGUCCCAGUACCCCAACGUCAGGGUGACCCCCUGGAGGAUGGCCACCAUCUGGGGCGGUGCCAGCCUGCUGACCAUGUACCUCCGCAGCAUGGCCGACCUGAUCGCCAUGAGGGACUGGACCUGGGAUUUCUUCAUCAACCUCAGUGCGGCUGACUAUCCAAUCAGGACUAAUAACCAGCUGGUGGCCUUCCUGUCUAAGUACAGAGACAUGAACUUCAUCAAGUCCCACGGCAGAGACAACGCCAGGUUUAUCCGUAAACAAGGUCUGGACCGGCUCUUCUUUGAGUGCGACACCCACAUGUGGAGACUGGGUGACCGGAAGAUCCCAGAAGGCAUUUCUGUGGACGGCGGUUCCGACUGGUUCCUGCUCAACCGUGCAUUCGUGGAGUAUGUCAUCAACUCACGAGACGACCUUGUGGUCAACAUGAAGCAGUUUUAUACAUACACACUGCUACCAGCUGAGUCCUUCUUCCACACGGUGCUGGAGAACAGUGUCCACUGUGAGAGCAUGGUGGACAACAACCUUCGCAUCACCAACUGGAACAGGAAGCUGGGCUGUAAGUGCCAGUACAAACAUAUCGUGGACUGGUGCGGCUGCUCCCCCAAUGACUUCAAACCCCAAGACUUCCACCGCUUCCAGCAAACGGCGCGGCCUACGUUCUUCGCCCGGAAGUUUGAAGCCAGCGUCAACCAGGAGAUCGUGAACCAGCUGGACGGUUACCUGUUCGGACCUCUUCCCCGGGGGACCCCGGGCCUCCAGGCCUACUGGGAGAAUGCCUUCGACGAGGCGGACGGGGUCGCGACCCUGAGCGACACGCAGCUCACACACUACCACGCCUUCGCCCGCAUGGGCCUGGCCCGGGCCGCCGCGUCACUGCAAGGGGAUCCUAAGGACAACAGCUGCAGGUAUUUCCCCAUGGGCCACCCGGUGUCGGUCCAUCUCUACUUCCAGUCAGACCAGUUCCAGGGCUACCUGGUCAAGCACCACGCCACCAACCUUGCAACCAGCAAGCUGGAGACCCUAGAGACCUGGGUGAUGCCCAAGACGUCCUACAAGGUGGCCUCCCCGGCCAGCACCUUUACCAGACUGCAGGUUGCUGAGGUCGGCACCGAGUGGGACGCCAAAGAGCGGAUGUUCCGCAACUUCGGCGGCCUGAUGGGCCCCAUGGACGAGACAGUGGCGAUGCAGAGGUGGUCCAAAGGCUCUAACGUGACGGUCACCGUGGUUUGGAUCGACCCCACCAACGUCAUCGCCGCCACCUACGACAUCCUGAUCGACGCCAGCGCCGAGUACACCCACUACCGGCCCCCCCUGAAUCAGCCCCUGAGGCCCGGCGUCUGGGUGGUCCGCUUGCUGCAUCACUGGGUCACCGUGGCGGAGACCCGGUUCCUGAUCGCACCGCAGGCUUACGUCAGGCACCAGCCGAUCAAACAAGAAGACACCCUAAAGCUCCACGAUGGGCCGGCCAAGAGCAGCUACAUGGAGCAGAGCUUCCACGGCCUGAACCCUGUCCUGAACAUCCCCGUGCACCCGAGCCAGGUGGAGCAGGCCAAGCGCAACGCCUCCCUGACCGGCCCCGCCCUGGAACGCUGGAUAGACAGCCUGGUGGGUACGGCGUGGGAGGCCGGCGACGUCUGUUCCACGUCCAUGACCGGGGGACCCGGGACAGCGUGCCCCGUCAUGCAGGCGUGCGCCAAGACUCCCUGGAGCUCACUUAGCCCGGAUCCCAAGUCCCAUCUGGUCCCGCCGCGCGCUGACGGGCGCAUAAGGUAGCAACGGCGCAUCUGGCCAGACGGACGGUGCAAGUCAUAAGUUGUAGUAAUUUAUUUUUUUGACCUCGUUUUGUGUUUUCUUUCCAAAAAAAAAAAAAAGAAAAAGAAUGGAAUGGUUUGUCGACAUAAUGGAUGAUGAGAGACAAAAAAUAUUUUAUUUUUUGAAGGAAGGAUGAGAUGCUGUAGAGAGGUUUUUGGUGGGUGGUGACAGUUUCAGACUUCAAAGUUUGUUCCUCUUUGGGGUUUUGCCGGCUUUGCACUUUUCUCGUUUCCCAUUGUAUUUAUUUUCAUCUCAUUGCUGAGUUUGCUGUGAUUGAUGUCUGCUGUGGAGACAAAUGUUGCUUUGCCGAGCACCUAGCCAGGUUGUCUAGUCUGUUGCUGAACGAGAAAGCGAUACGGUCAGUCAGAAGUCAUAGUGUUAGAGUGAAACAGGAUACUGGUUGUGGACCAAGUUCCGGGCACUUUUUCACAAGUGUUUCACACUAAGAGUGCUGACCUAUAAUCAGCAUUGUCUUUUAGAUAACAUUAUGACUGACCGCGAAGACCUGGUUCCAGAUCAGUGCUCUGAGGGCCCUUCCCCUGAAGACCAGUCUGGCCUGUAGGUACAGUGACCAGUGACAGACUAAACCGCAGACUCAGAGGCUGCUGGGAAAAAAGCCUCAACCUUUGUGCAUGUCUGACAGUUACUAAAGGACAGCACUAUUUAUUGACUUUCAGUGCCUGAACAGGAGAAAGGUAUGUGGGUGUGGCUGGACUAUGGAGAGAUAAUAAUGCCAUAAGAAAUUGAAAUUAAUUGAUUAAUUGAAAUUCUAUAUGAUCCAGCUUCUUUUGGCACUAAUAUCAGGACUGCCUGAAACUUAAAAUGGAAGUAUAUCAGCUUAGGCUUAGCAAAAAAAAUCUGAAGCGUAUUUUUCGUCUUCUUUUUUAAUGAUUUUGUUCAUUUGUUUUUAUUGACACUUUACGUUGCAAGUAUGAAAAGAAUGACUCAAAAGUAAUUGUUGUGUGAAUGCAAAGUGAGUCCACAAGUUGCUAUUUAUUUAUACGUUUAUAUAAAUACAGAUAUUUUUAGUCAAUGACUAAAUGACUACAACGCUGCUUGGGCAGCUCGAUAAAUAUUUUUUGUAAUGACAAACUGCCUUUAUUUACAAAGGCCAUCGCCCCAAUGAACCUGCGUAACUAUUUUGGGCAAACAAACUUAAUGCCCGCCGUUAUGUCCGUGUUGUCAGGUCUCAAUCGCUCUUCUUGUCUUAGUUCCUUCUUUGGCUGCCUGCAAAGUCUUCAGCACACAAAGAAGCAGAAAUGUCAGGUUCCUCCUGGCAACCUCAUCAUACAGAGAAGUCAACAAAAAGACAUAAACACACCUAAAAACUAUCCAAAAUGUGUGUUGGAGUCCGGAACAUGUACGAGUCGGUGAUGUUACAUUUGCUGUUUGGUUCAGUGUUGGUACCGGGAUGUUCGUGAUGUUCAUGCUGUGGCAUAAAAAGUGAAUAAAUCUUGUAUUGUUAUCAAGGAACUGUGGGAUUGGGCCCAGGCAACUUUGGUUUUCACUGGUUCUUCUAAUGCACACUAAAUACUUUGUCUGCCAGAAAGACAAUCUGUCAGCCUACCCUAGUUAAAACAAACUUCCAAUCAUCCCAUGCCUAGAGUUCAAUCCUAAUAGCCCUGGUCUAAAGUGACCCUGUCAUUUGUUUAGUUAAGCAUGGAAUAAAUUAUUCUAAAAAACUAAUUUUGUCCCAAAUAACAGUCCAGUCGUGUCAACGUGAUUUGGCAGUCAAACAUGCUAAGAGAAUGUUUUCACCAGGGCUCAACAACAAUCAGCCCGAUGAUUGCUGAUUUAAUCAUUGGCCCGUUUCACCUCAGCCCUAAUUGGAUGUACCUAUCCUAAUAGGUGUUGCUACUGUCACUCAAACCUGAACUGUUGUGUGUUGUUGCCAAUUGUAGUUGGCAAUUUGGCCUGUAUUAGCUAAAGCUACUAUAGCUUGUUAACACCAUAUUAGCUAGCUUGAUGCAUAUACUGUAUACCCUGGCUAUCUUUAUCUGGCAGUGCCAUUGUCACAUUGAAACUAAUACUUAAUUUAUGAAUAUGGCCGUUCAAAAGUACAAUUAUCAUUCUCAAGAAUUGAAUUAAAUUAUGUCACUCGAUUACUAUUAUUAAAAUUACUAUUUUAUUACAAAAACAAUUAACAUAAAGAAAAUGUACAUAAAUAUUUUGUAAUUAAAAUAUGUUUAAAACGUAUUGUAUGUAAAUACUGAUGUGGUGUGGAAAGAUUAUGAAGUGGAAUUACAUUAUAAGAAGAGCUCGCUAGUCGGCGCACAGAGUGAUUUUAGGUAAGCAGCCUGUUUCAGUGUUUUGGAAAAUAUGUAAUGAGUAUGUAAGAACUCCAUUUUGGGAAAGCUUUAAAUAUUAUUCUUAGCCUUUCAGAGAAUAUCAUGCCAGAUUGUUGUUCUCUCUGCUGGAAUGUAUUGUCGAGCAACUGUUGCACAAACUUCUCUGAACUCAACGUUUCCCGAAGUUACAGGGGAAACUUUAAAGUUUCCUAAAAUUUCAAGGAAAACUUUAAUGUUCCUUGGAAGUUUCAAGACAAACUUUAUUGUUUCCUAACGUUUCAGGGGGAAAUUCUGUGCCUUAGCUAUCUAUCUAUACUCCUGUCUAGGGAACACUUAAAACUUUCUGUCCAUCUGUGAACAUAAAAUUGUUGUUUUGAAUUUUUACAAAAUGUGAAAGAAAAGAGUCAUUGUGAUUGGAUGAAUCUGUAACACCAAAAAAAAAGAUGUCCGCUGUUGCCAUGAGUUCUUGUCUUUCACUUUUAAAUUUUUUUGUUGCUACAUUUUUCUCUGACUGCUUUUUGAAAUAAAAAGACAUCGCUGUAAA